GGACACUUUCACGCCCUCAUUUAAGCCACGAAUCCACCGCCCAUGCCGGCGCCCUCCCUCCUGCGCCCCCGCUGCCCUCUUCCCGCCUCGCACCCGUUGUCCCGCGUCCGCUGCCCGUCGCCACCAUGAUCCUGCGGCUGUCGUCACUCGCGCUGCUGCUCCCGCUCGCGCGCGCACUGUCUCCCGCCGACGUCCCCGCCGACACGCCCGUCGCGCAGCUGAUCAAGGACGCCAGCGUCAAGCUCGCCUCGGGCAACCACCAGGACGCCCUGGUCUACUUCGACGUGGCCAUCGCGCGCGACCCGCGCAACUACCUGACCUACUUCCGCCGCGGCGCCGCCUACCUCUCGCUGGGCCGCACCCAGCAGGCCGAGCAUGACUUCAACAAGGUGCUGGACCUGAAGCCCGGCUUCGAGGGCGCCCUGCUGCAGCGCGCCAAGAUCCGCGCGCGCAAGGCCGACUGGGCCGCCGCCCGCACCGACUACGAGGCCGCCAACAAGUCCGACGAGAUUGCGCUGCUCGACGAGGCCCAGGGCGCCGCCCUCAUCGCCCAGGACGCCGCCGACAAGGGCGAGUGGGACGCCUGCAUCCAGAACGCGGGCACCGCCAUUGUCGUCGCCGGCGCCGCCUACGACAUCCGCAAGACGCGCGCCCGCUGCCGCUUCGAGAAGGGCGAGGUCGUCGAGGGCAUCGCCGACCUGCAGCACCUGCUGCAGAUCAACAAGGGCGACAUCGAGCCGCACCUGCAGAGCUCCGCCAUGGCCUUCUACUCGCUCGCCGAGACCGACAAGGGCCUCAAGCACAUCGCCCAGUGUCUGCAGUCGGACCCGGACUCCAAACCCUGCAUGAAGCUGCGCCGCCGCGAGAAAGCCCUCGACAAGACCCUCAAGAAACUCCGCAACAACUUCGACAAGCGCCAGUUCGCCACCGCGUCCAAACUCCUCAUCGACCGCGGCGAGGACGAGCCGGGCCUGCUCAAGGAAGUCAAAGAAGACUUCGCCGCCUACAUCGCCUUGGGCUACAUCAACAAAAACGCCCCUUCGGGACUCUACACCCAGCUCGUCGAAAUGACCUGCGAAGCGUACAACGAGAUGGCGAACCCCAAAAAGGGGACCCCCUACUGCACCGAAGCGCUAACCCUGAACCCGCACUCCCUCCACGGCCUCUUGAACCGCGCACAAACCGAGCUCGCCGCCGACGACUUCGAGCCCGCAAUCCGCACCCUCGAGCUCGCGAAAGAACACCACCAGUCACACCCCUUACUCAACGAACUCCUCCAGAAAGCCCACACCCUGCUCAAACGCUCAAAGACAAAAGACUACUACAAAGUCCUGGGUCUCCCGCGCGACGCCGAAGACCGCGCGAUCAAGAAAGCAUGGCGCAAGAUGACCAAGCUGUACCACCCGGAUAAAGCCGCGCAGCAGGGCAUGACGCCCGACGAGGCGCAGAAGAAAAUGGCCGAGGUCAAUGAGGCGUACGAGGUGCUUUCGGAUCCGGAGCUGAAGGAACGAUUUGACCGCGGCGACGAUCCCAAUAACCCCGAGCAGCAGAGCCAGCCGUUCCAUGGGAAUCCGUUUGGCGGGCAGCAGUUCAUGUUCCGCCAGGGCGGGUUUCCCGGGGGGGCUGGGGGGAACGCGCACUUCAAGUUCCAGGGGCAGGGCGGGCCGUUUGGGUUCUAGGUUUGCUGGGCUGUGGGUUUGGGGUUUGGGCGUUGAGGAGCGUAGAGAUCCGAGGUUCGAGAUUUCGAGGUUUUCGACAG